UACAUAUCUAUUUAUGCUAAUACUUUGUAUGUUUAAAAUGCUAAUUUGUAAUUAGAUUUUGUCAGACAUAUUUUUGAGUUAUCCAUCGUACACGUGACUUUGCACACAGACAACUUUCGAUAUAAUAUACUUAUUAUAUAAAUAUAUAUAAUUUUUAAAUACGUAAAUAUAAAACAUUAAUAAUUCACUAACAUGUUUCCAAUGGACAGCGACAAUCCCAACUACAAUCAAAAUCGCUGUGGUUCUGGCCGACUGAUAUUCCGAACUGAGAAUAGGCGCAGUUGUCGUGGAUGCCGAGACAAUAGUUGGGAUAUGAAUAGGCACGAUUCAAACUGCACAGUAUUUGUUGACCACACGAACACUGGAACAUCGACUCUUUUAGACACGAACACCAGAGAGUCGACUCUUAACACCGAAGGAUCGACUCGCUUAGACACGAAUACCGGAGGUUCGACAAGCUUAGACACGAAUAACGAGCAUCCCCGCAGAGUCGGUGCUAGUGGUGACUCGUAUCCGACGCCUGAUUUGCGUCCCUCGCCGUCAAUACCAAACAAAGUGCUGCUCGUGCACGGGCUGGAUCGCGAGCUCGUCAACUGCGAUCGGGUGUUUAACUUAUUUUGCCUGUACGGGAACGUGACUACGGUAAAGAUCCUAAAGGACGACAAGGUUCUCGUCGAGAUGGAGGACGUGGAAGCCGCCAGACGGUGCGUGUCCAACUUGCACAUGCUUCAGCUGGACGACAUGGUCAACAUGAAAGUGAAGUAUUCCAAACAUAAUUUUAUUCAUGAUCAAGUAAAUUUUAACAAACUGGCUGACGGCACGCCUGCUCAAAAAGUUUACUUAUCGAGCACAUUGAAUAGAUUCGUCUCGAACGUAUUAUGCCUGGACAAACGUCGUAUCGCAGCCCCAUCCAAAAUUUUACAUUUUUUCAACGCGCCGACCGACGUAUGCGGCAUAGCUAUCCAUAGAGCAAUAUCGGAUGCUUUGUGUCGUUCGGACGCAAUACGUUCCAUAACUAUCCUUCCCAAAAAACCAAAAGCCAAGUGUUCGACGGGUUUAAUCGAAUUAAAGAGUAUGGCGUUGGCAGCGAAGACCGUUCUAUUGUCAAACCACAUGACGAUUGAAUCGACAGUGUCCAGAUUUCCGUUUUUGACGAAGCUGUGUUUUUCUAAGUGGUCCGAGAUCGAACAGAAACCCAGUGACUUGACUACGUUGAGGUUCUGUUCGGUGCCACGCACGCCGUGGCUACUGCACAAGUCCGAACACGGUGUGCCCACGACGGAGUUUCCGUUAUCUUGCACGACCGUAAUGAACGGUGGCGGCGACUGUAUGUGGACCUUGUGGGUGAUAAGUGACACUCAGAAGCAUUCCAAGCAACAUCAACAACAGACGCCACUGGCAGUGCAGGAAUCGGUGGUUGAGGAAUCGGCGGUCUCGAUGACGGAUGCCGCGACCGACUGCGACUCGACGUGUCCGUCAAACCGGAUCGUCCGUCGCAAUCUGAUUGCCGCCAACGACUCCGAUUCGGUGAUCGAUAUCAUCGAUAUGUUGAGGAACCGUCUGUGCGACAUCAGAAACGACCGGGGCGACGCAGCCACCUCCGCCGAUAGUCAGUUGGGUGACGCGUGACCCGCUGAGACGUCCCAAUACAUUUUUUGUUAUUACCUAUCGUAUUUUUUUACUCUUUUCUUUUUUAUUUGGAGAACGACGUGACUGUUCUAUAGAACCACAACUCAGCAGGCAUGCCCGAAAAAAAAUCAAGCUGCAACAGAUCGAUGUGAAAAUAUAAAAUAAUAUAUAUAA